CGUCUCCACGCACGCUCACACACUUCUCAGCAAAAAGUGAUGCAACUCUGCGUUCGCAUUACCGCAACUGAGUGCAUCCAGUGGAAGAGCGAGCGAGCGGGUGGGCGCACUUUGUGCAGCAUUUUUGAAUCCAAUCAUCAUAACUGAGCUCACUGGAACACUGAAGGGCCUUGAAUUGGAAAACAAUAAUCAGCCUUAAUUGACUGAUGCAGUCACAUCCGAAUUUUGACUGUCAGACUGUUAUUAAUUUCGGUGAUUUUGGUUACUUUGGCGAAUCGGGGUGUCCAACUCAUUUUAAUAUACCAACUUGUCAAGCUAUAGAAGUCAUUUGAAAUGCACAUAAAGUAAGUGCAGUUUGCCACAAGUUGUGUUGUUGUGCAUGUGCUGUGUUCUUGUUGUGCAUGUGUUCCUAAUGUUGUGGCUGGAAAAGAAAUCAUAUUAAAAUAGUUGAACUCCAGUGUAGGAAAAAAAAAAAAGAAAGUAUUCCAAGGGGGGAAAAAAAAAACAUGGUGGCCCGCAAGGUGAAUGAUUGUCAUGUGUUCAAGGAUAUGCCCUCCUCGAGUGUCCUUCCUCUUGAGGUGAGAGUGAAACGAUAACUUGAGCUCGUCAGCUAGCGAGCGGCGGGUAUUGAUAGCUGAGACACGACACGACGCAGAUGAUAGGAUGGGGUCGGCGCACACCCCUACGCUGACCAAUGGCAGGCUUUGUCUCCAGUACAGUGCUGGACCACGUGCUCGUCAACCUUUGCCCGCCUCGCUUUGCUGCUGCGGCCUUGUGACAAAAAAAAACAAAAACAAUGUCGGUGGUGAAGUUCACAUUGUUUAAGUUUUAACUCAGUGCUGCCUGAUCUGAGCUGAUCUUACUCUUUCACUGUCACGAACAUGGAGACUAUCGUAUAAAUACCGUUAAUGAAGAAAGAAAAAGACUUUGACUCCAAAUAAAAGACGUGUGCUUGCUGUUUUCUCACGCCCAAUUGAGGUCGACUUCAAAAACUGACAAAUAAGUCUUUGAGAAUUAAACACUGUAUAUUGAUUUAAAUGUUCAACCAAUUUUGACACUAGCUUGAUGCUAACAUUGAAUGUGAAACACCAUAGACUGGCUAAUAGAAAUUAGCAUAGAAAUUAUGGUAACCAUUGACCUUCGAGCAACUGUUACUUUAACACGCACGGCGCAGUAACGCAUACCAACAGAGCAUCGAACAAUAUUUACAGGCAUUUAUGAAAACCGAUCCCGUAAAAAUUCUGUGACAUAGCGAUUAACCCCGAUCUAGCGAGAGUUCGCCAUACAUCAACACUCGGCAACAUUUUCCCCUGCAACGUCCUCCGUCUCCUUGUUUGUCCUUUUCUGUCCCCUCUUGUGUCUGUGACUCACUCGUACUUGUCGAACGCACACAUAGCUUGUGUUCCUUUCCUGGCGCUACGGGUCAUGUGACCCGGCAGACGCUUAUGUCGGAUUAGCUUUCAGACGUUUGUUUACAACCGAGGGCCGGGAACCUGCGCCCCUGCCCCUUUUGAAUCACAAGAUGUCUUUAAAGCCUUUAUCUCUUUGGAGUCACAAAGUUUGAAGUUACAUCGUCGCAUCUAUAAGUGCACUUGUUAUUUCAGUGCUUAACCGCAGUAGAUUGCCGCUCAUUGUUCGCACCCUGCUAUAAUGUAUUUUCAAGGGAUUGUUUUUGAAUGGCUACAUACAGCAUACUUACUGUACUGCACUCGCAUGUGGGAAAUGAUUUUCACCCGCUACAGGUGCUGCUGGAGUUUUAGUUGGUCACCCAUUCGACACAGUGAAGGUUAGACUGCAGGUCCAGAAUGUGAAUAAGCCGCUUUACCGCGGCACCUUUCACUGUUUCCAAUCCAUCAUACGCCAGGAGUCGAUGUUUGGUUUGUACAAAGGAAUCGGCUCCCCCAUGAUGGGCCUCACCUUCAUCAACGCCAUCGUGUUCGGCGUGCAGGGCAACGCCAUGCGCAUGCUGGGCCGCGACACGCCCACCAACCAGUUCUUGGCGGGCGCGGCGGCGGGCGCCAUCCAGUGCGUCAUCUGCUGCCCGAUGGAGCUGGCCAAGACGCGCAUGCAGAUGCAGGGCACGGGCGAGAAGAAGUCCUCCCGGAAGAUGUACAAAAACUCGGUGGACUGCCUGGUGCGCAUCUACCGCCGCGAGGGCGUGUGGGGCAUCAACAGGGGCAUGGUGACCACCUUCAUCCGCGAGACGCCCGGUUUCGGCUUCUACUUCCUGGCGUACGACGUGCUGACGCGCCAGCUGGGCUGCGAGCCCGAAGACCGUUACAUGAUCCCCAAGCUGCUGUUCGCCGGCGGCAUGGCGGGCAUCGCCUCGUGGCUCUCCACCUACCCGGUGGAUGUGAUCAAGUCGCGGCUGCAGGCGGACGGCGUGGGCGGCGUCCGCCAGUACAGCGGCAUCGCCGAUUGCGUGCGACAGAGCGUGCGCAACGAGGGCUACAUGGUCUUCACGCGGGGGCUGACCUCCACGCUGCUGCGCGCUUUCCCCGUCAACGCCGCCACCUUCGCCACCGUCACGUUGGUGCUCAUGUACGCGCGCGGGCCCGAAGUGGGCGGCGUCGACUGCGAGGCGGCGCCCCAAACCCAGACCUCCGGCCUGUGAGUGCGCCGGCCCCUUUACCGGUACGGCACUUAACCACCUGGCGACUGAAAGUCCGAAGCGCUGGCUGCUUUUUGAACUUCCUUGUGGAAGGAAUCCUUUUUACUUGGCAGUUGUGCAAACUGGAUAUGAGCUGGCUGCAUCCAAGAUUUUGACUGCAACGGCUUGUAUCCACAUGAGAAGAAAUGUACUCUUUUACUCCACUCGUUUUGUGUCUAUUUAUACAGUAUAUACACUUUACUGUAUACAGCAGUGAUUUCCAACCUUUACGGAGCAACGGCACAUAUUUUGCAAUUGGAAAAUAUCACGGCACACCGACAAACAAAAAUGGCACAAAAAGUCGAUACACAGUCAUUACUGUAUGUACUUCCUGCCAUCAAAUGGAAGAGCAUUCAUUUUUUUCUGUCUGUACAUAUUAUACAUUAUUUCUUGUAAAUGAAGAAUUUUUUGAGCAGUUAAAAUUCCCACGGCACACCUGAACAUCGCUCGUGGGACACACUGGUUGGGAAUCACUGGUAUACACUACAUGUUUGCGUGUGUGUCUGCGUGUAUCUCUCUCUCUCUCUCUCUCUCUCUCUCUCUCUCUCUCUCUCAUAUAUAUAAUCACUACUCACAAAAAGCCCAAUACAUUUCCUGGUUCACUUAGAAUCAGGACAAUGUUUCUCUGCAUAUACACAUUAUUUUUUUUUUUUAUAUAUACAUGUAUAUAUGUAUAUAUAUACAAAAAAAAGAGAGAGAGAGAAACUCUCAGUGAGAAGUGAGAGAUUUUAACUUGUAAUAACUAUAUUUGUAUAUUUCUGUGUACUGGACAACUGUUUUCCUUUACGAAAGAUUUUUAGGGCCACACUCAAAAGACAGUAUAUCAUAGGGGGAUGGGGAAGCUUACGAUUGUGAGAAAAAAAGUUGAAUCUUGUGAGAGUAAUAAUCUUACUUUUGAAAACAAAGUUUUUUAUAAAUAUAUAUAUAUUUUAAAAGGCAUAUUUUGUCAAGAAAGUAUUGGUUUUUUUUCAAAUCUUGCGGUGUUUUUUGUAAUCUUAGGAGAGUAAAAUAUUGGCAAAAAUGUCUCAAGUCCCACCAGACUAUUUGUAAUGGGGUUUUUUUCGUCAGACUCCCAGUAUUUUAUAUAUUUUUUUCAUUCAAAACAAAGUGAUAUUUAUGUCAAGAAAGACAGGCUGGAAUAUUAAAACAAAGAAAAAUUCAGUAGAAGUAUAAUUCUUCAAGUUUUAUUUGAUAAUUAAGAUGAAUUUUCAAGAGAAAGUAAGUUGCAUAUUUUCUAUUUUGUUUCCCCUCAAAAAAUGCAACUUAAUUUUCAAGACUACAACAAAUUUUUCUCCACCAAAAUACAACUUUAUUACCAUAAUGUUGCGCUGUUUGUUUCCCUAUUAAAAAAAAAGAAAAAAAAAAAAAAGAAUACAACUUUAUUCUCUCAAGAUUACAAAAAAAAAAAAGAAUCAACUUUAUUAUUGUAAAUUUACAGAAACGAUUGUGGUAGUAUCGUAUUUUUUUCUUCUUUUGACUGUGGCCCUAAUACUGGUUGGUCUUCCUGCCUUACUGAGGACAAAGCACCGUGUUGUCUCACAACAACAACAACAACAACAAAAAGCUCGAUGAGUGAGUGAAAUUGCGGUCGCAGCUAUUUGUGUUGACGCAAUCACAAUAUCGAGUGUCAUUUGAUUGACAUGAGGGAACAAAAGCGCUUUUGAAAUGCACAUCCAUGCAGCGUCAUUUUAUGACUUUGCAUGAAAACGUGAAAGGACCAAAGACUGUAACGGGGCUGCCGUGGGCACUUGAAAAGACGGAUUCAUAAGUAUGUUAUAACUGGAAAGGUUUUAACGUUUAUUUGAGGGUGCUUGUGUGUGUUCAAGUGUUUUACUUAAUCGGUCGAUCUGAUGAAUGUACUGUAUUUGCGCUCCGGCACUGGAUGGUGCCGCACUAUUCGAUACUGUCGAGGUUUUAAUUGGACCUAUUUAUGUUUUUGGAAAAUGUCGAAAUGAAUCACGUUUUCUAGUCUGCUGCUUUUUCGAUCCUGAAUGCUGGAUUUGUCGCUGCGAAAAAAGUCAAGCUAUGCAAGCCGCUGAAAACAUCAAAUAAAACAAAGAAAACAUUUUUUUAAAUUUUAUUUUAUUAUUAUUUUUUUUAUG